AACGGAUCAAUAUCAAACUUAACGUUCUAAUUAGCAUUCUAUCCCAAGCUUACAUUCAAGAAUGAUGAAUGGUAUGAGGAACUCCUACAAUGAAAAGGCUAAAAUUGCAGAAUCAUACAACAAGUUAUAUUCCCAAUUCUCAUCAGAUGAGGUCAAGGAAGUUGGAAACUACUCAAUAAUUAAGUUAAUUGGUGAAGGUGCAUUUGGUAAAGUUUAUCUAGCGAAUCAUAGAUUGACACAUACAAAAGUGGUACUAAAGACAGGUGAUAAGACUGAUCCAAACUUGGUACGAGAAGUUUACUAUCAUAGACAGUUUAAGCAUCCACAUAUAACUAGACUAUAUGAGGUCGUUGUUUGUGAAGGUAAAAUAUGGAUGGUUUUGGAGUAUUGUCCUGGAAGAGAGCUAUACGACUAUGUGCUAUCAUGUGGGAGGGUACCCAUAGAUGAAGUGAAAAAGCUUUUUGCGCAGAUAGCAAGUGCUGUGUUCUAUGCCCAUUCUUUGAAUUGUAUUCAUCGUGACUUAAAGCUGGAGAAUAUAUUAUUGGACAAGAGAAGAAAUGCAAAAUUAUCAGAUUUCGGGUUCACUAGAGAGUGUCAACAAAGAAAUUUUUUGGAAACAGUAUGUGGUACUACUGUCUAUAUGGCUCCUGAACUUAUUCAAAAACAAAAAUACGAUGGCUUUAAAGUUGAUAUUUGGUCAUUAGGUAUCAUUUUGUAUACAAUGUUGUAUGGGCAAAUGCCAUUUGAUGAUGAAGAUGAAAUAAGGACUGGCUACAAAAUUGUGAAUGAAGAACCACCUUACAGAGAAGACAUACCUCAAGAAGCUAUCACAUUGAUGAGGAGGUUGUUGAGCAAGGUACCCAGUGAACGUCCAUCCUGCUUGGAAAUUUUGAACGACCCAUUUUUAGAGAAUAUUGGGUUGAGCUUAUUAGAAUCCUCAAUGACAUUAUUGAAAAAUAUUGUCGGACAAAAGAACUUUCAUUCAAAGAGUGAGAAACAUUUGCUAAAGAAACUCAAGAGUCUGGGUAUUGAUACACACGCAUUACAAAAAAGCGUGGUAAGUAAAAAGGCAGAUUCAUUGUGUGGGUUAUGGGAAUUACUAUUGGAGAAAGAAAAGAAAAAGGAGUUCAAAAAAUACAAAACAAGAAGCCGGUCUGUUUUAAGGAUCAGUGAGUCAACUUCGAGAAGAGUCAGUCAAUUGAUGGAUCCUAAUAAUUCACCUCAACUAAGCAGGAUUGUCAGUGGGUUUAGUAACAAAUCAGAACCUACUCAAGAGAAUCAAAUCAAUUAUGGGGAUGGUAAUUCUAUGGAUAAGAGCACAAGUGCCUCGAUAGCUAGUCCAGAGAAGAAAAAGAAUGGAUUUAUUCAAAAGUUCACCAAAUUGUGGAAGACCAAGAAAUCAGAUAACACAGGUGCUGUAAGCAAUCAGAAAAAUUCAUUUGAUAGUAUACAAAAAGACAGCAAAAGUCAUCAUCAGUAUAAUAUUAAUAAUAACAUCACAACUACUCCAUCACAGCAGCAACAGUCUGCCCAACAAAGUACAUCCAAGCUGUCAAUCCCCAAACCAACUUUCAAGACAUCACCUAAAAAAUUGACGAUUCAUGAACCGAAAUCACCAACAAGGGUAGUUAAUGGUGCUCCAGAAACAAGAUCAAGACCAAGACCAGUAUCAAUGAUUUCACAACAAUCAUUGGUUUCUCAAGUGACAACUAUGUCGGAUAUGUCAGCUGCAUCACAUAAUACUACUAAUUCAGAUAAUACAACAAGACCAGCAUUUACAAGAAAAAGAUCAUCAGAUACCUCAUUGCAUAGUAAAAACACAACAAGAAGAUCAUUGAGCUUGAUUUCCAGUAAUUCAAGUGCAUCAGAUCGCAGUUCAAGAAAAGGAUCAUUUUAUGAUCAAACAACUUCAUCGGACUAUACUUUUAGAACAAAUAGAGGUCGUAAAUAUAAUGAAGCUAUUUUCCCGAAAAGUUUCAAAAGAAGAAAAUCUCCACUAGGUGGUAUUCCACCAUCCAGCAAGUUUAAAAGAUCAAAGGCCUUCAUUAUUGAAGAAGAAGAAGACGAUGAGGAUGUUGAUGUUGAUGAUGAUAAUAUGGAAGAUAUAGAGACUGAUCUUGAAAACUUGGGAAUUGCAGAAUCUACAAGAAAUGCAUCUGAUUUUGAAAGUGAUGUUUCUGAAAGAGGUAGGCAGAUGUGAACUAAUGAAUGAACAUAUAUAAGGUUUAAU